AUACAAUGUCAGAGCAGUAGAUACUGGAAUCACAGAGAGGAAAAGACUCCCUGUCACACUUACAACUGUGACACAUCUGCAUCCUGCCUGUAGGCUGGUGAUGUGAGGGCACCACAAACCUAGGGCUGGCAGUUACACACCCAUCAUGGCAAGAGACUUAAGAGUUUCCAUGGACCAGGACCUAGCAGUUGACAUAAUUCCCAGGGAGCCUAAAAAGUUACCUAAACAGGCUCGAGAAGACCCAGCCAUCAAUGAGGACUGGUCCCAUCUGCCUUAUGAGCACAAAAAACCACGGCAGAGGUACAUGGAGAAAGAUGGCAAAUGCAAUGUUCAUCAUGGCAAUGUCAAAGAGACCUACCGAUACUUCAGUGACCUCUUCACCACAUUAGUAGACCUCAAGUGGCAUUUUAGCCUAUUCAUCUUUACCCUUGCAUACACAGUCACGUGGCUGUUUUUUGGGCUUCUUUGGUGGUUUAUUGCUUACGUCAGGGGAGAUCUUGAACACGUAGAUGACAAAAGUUGGGUCCCUUGUGUGGAAAAUCUUAAUGGUUUUGUGUCUGCAUUUCUUUUUUCAAUUGAAACUGAAACCACCAUUGGCUAUGGAUACCGGGUGAUAACUGAGAAGUGUCCUGAAGGAAUUGUCCUACUGUUAAUUCAAGCCAUUCUAGGCUCCAUUGUGAAUGCCUUGAUGGUUGGUUGCAUGUUUGUAAAAAUAAGCCAACCUAAGAAACGAGCUGAGACCCUCAUGUUUUCAAAUAACGCAGUUAUUUCCCUCAGGGAUGGGAAAUUGUGUCUUAUGUUCAGAGUUGGAGAUCUGCGAAGUUCCCAUAUUGUGGAAGCCUCAAUCAGAGCCAAACUCAUUAAAUCCAAGCAGACAAAGGAAGGAGAAUUCAUCCCUCUCGAUCAAACGGACAUCAAUGUUGGUUUUGACACUGGAGAUGACCGUCUCUUCCUUGUGUCUCCUCUGAUCAUUUCACAUGAAAUCAAUGAGAAGAGCCCAUUUUGGGAAAUGUCUCGCUCCCAGCUGGAUACUGAAGUCUUAGAAGUAAUUGUCAUUUUAGAAGGCAUGGUGGAAGCUACAGGAAUGACUUGCCAAGCACGCUCCUCCUAUGUGGAUAGAGAGGUUUUAUGGGGACAUCGGUUCACCCCAGUCCUUACACUGGAAAAAGGAUUUUAUGAAGUGGAUUAUACGACUUUUCACGACACCUAUGAGACCCCCACCCCCACUUGUAGUGCAAAGGAGCUAGAGGAAUUACAAAGAGGGGAUCGACUCUACACAGCACAUGGGAACCAGGGAACGCUUAAUGGAACCCCCAGGUCAGAGAAGAACAUCAUUGGGGUACAACCAGAUUAAACAAGAUGACUUGUGUUGCAAGAUGUUGAAUAUCUCCAGCUAGAGACAAUGUGAUAUCAUUUGAUUUCUAGGCCCUGACAAUCUGUCCUGAUAGAAAUGCGGGAGAAGACUUGUGGGUGGGAUGAAGUAGGCAGAGGAACUUUGGGUCUGCUACUGAGUCUCAGAAGGCAGGUUACAUCCUGCGGUCUCAUGUGUCAGGUCCAUGGUGACGCCGUUCAGCCUGUGGUGACUUAAUUUCCUUUGCAGAGGGGGGAAUAGUCUAUGUUCUGCUUCACUCACCAGCACUCAGAAAUCCAGUAUUCUGGUCCAGGUAUUUUUCACUGUGCAGUAAUAGUGGGAUGUGUAUACGAGGGGCAUUUUCACUACUGUUAUAAUAAGCAUCUAAAAAUAAAGCCUUCACCCAUUGUAAAGUGUCUCCUGUGCUUUGCUAGUGCAGAAUGACCUGGAUAGGACUGGUAUCCAGGAUGCUCAGUAUGUGUUCACAUAACACAUCAGUGCAGCAUGAUAUUUAAAAAUUAAGGGCCCUGUUUUCGUCUACAAUUACAAGCUUUCGUGGCUACUUUGGCUUCUUCAUCAGGCAUCUUUUAAGACCGUAUCUGAAGAUUCACAUAUUUAUACACCAAAGUACCUAGGAAUAAUGAGGUAAAUGAGACAAGUGAUGUAAAGAUGAUCAAUAUGAGUGGAGGAGGAAGCAGACAGUUGUAGUAGUAAAUCAGUGGAGCAAUUACACAUUAGGAUUAUAGAUAAGUGUGAAAGUUUUAUUGUCUUUUAAUAGGUAUCCUGUCCAUGAAUGCAAUGAACCCAAGAAUAGUGUUGAGCGCGAAUAUCGAAAUUUUUAAGCGACUAUCGGCACUUCGCUAAUUCGAGAAUAUUUCAAAUAUAGUGCUAUAUUUAUUUUUUUGAAUAUUCGUUUUUGUUUUUUUGGGUUACCCUAGCUUUGUCCAAAAGCAGUACUUUUAAGAGAGGAUUCCUUGCUCCCUGCCCGCUCAAGUCAGUGCCUGUUGUCUCCUCUAUUUACUUCCCAUGCGCAUGGAGCACCCCAAUCACCAUAGGAACGCCUCCAUGUACUGUUGGAUGUGAGAAUCAAGUUGCAAUCGCAAUGCGAAAAAUAUAACUUGAAUAAAUCGCAUAACGAUUUUAACUUGUACCUGGUUUACAAUGGUUGGCUUUCUUGAAUUAGCAAAGAUGGAGAAUAUUUUGUUUUGACUAAUAUAUUCGUCAUCCUCGCUAAUUUAAAGUAAUUUAGUAAACCA